UGGGCGAAGGCUGCGAGCUAGUCCCGGAAGUCAACUCGAGCACCAAUGAUACAUUUGCACGUGCUGUGCUUCGUCCCUCUUACAACCAACCAAACACCUUUUCCUAAACUUCCCACUUUAGUUAUGCAAUAACGGUUCUGAAGGAGGCACACAGCGGGAGGAAGGGCACAUGGCUAAGGGUGCUGGAAUAAGGGAUUUAAGAUCAUUUCUGAACAUCUCCUUUGUCUUGUAUGUCUGAAGAAGGAGGCGGGCUUCGCACACUCCUCACAGGAAUGUUUUCCUGUCCUUGUGACAGUGGAGCUGGAGCAGUCUGUUGGAGAAGGAGCUCUGCUGUAUUUCCAGUUGCUGGUGGAGAAGAUUCACUAAGCAGUCAUUGGGAAACAACAUCAUGGGGAGCUACUGCUCUGCACUCUGCAAGGCUAAAAAAAAGGAAGAUGAGGCUACCACCAAAGGGGAAAGUAGAGAAAAAUCUCCUCUCAUGCAAAGAAAGCCAUCUUUGAAAGAGGAGGGAGCCAUGAAGGAGACAACAGAGGAGGACACUUUAAGGAGUCAAGUAGAAGAAUCUUCGUCUAAAGAAAUGGCAUGUAUUGAGAUCAAUGAUGCUGAUGUCAACACCUCAAGUCCUGGCCUUUCUGAAACACAUGAUACUGAUUCAGCCAUGAGAGUGAACAAAGAGGCUGAGUGGGUGGACAAAAACAGGGCUCAGCUCAUUCAGAAAGUCACCCUUGUGAUGCCAAUAGCAGAUGAGUUGCUCCAGCGGACAAUCAUACGACAGGAGAUGUAUGCCAACAUUUCAGCUGCCAAAACCACCCAGGAUCAGAUGAGGGCAGUCUACAAAACCCUCACUACCACAAAAGCCAAAUCUGUCUUCUAUAGAAUCCUUCAAGAAAAUCAGCCACAGAUUUCUGAAACAGAAGAUGUCGUCAAAGAAGUCAUCAAAAGUCACAAAGCACAACUGAGGGAACAGUUCAAAUACGAGUUUGAAGGCCCUGAUGCUGAUCAUGGGGAUGCACAAUCAUUGGACAACAUUUACACAGAGCUUCACAUUGUACAGGAAGAUAGAAAACAAAAAACGGCACAAGAGGAAGUACAACGUGUCAAUAUAGAACAUGAGAUUUGGGAGAUUGAAGACAAGGCAAGGAGUCAAAAAGCUGAGGAGGGCACUAAAAUUAAUUGUAACGACAUCUUCAAAAGUACAACGAAAGAUAGCGUGUCAUCUCAGCAAGAGGACGUGAAAGCUAUCAGGACCGUGAUGACAAAGGGAAUUGCAGGCAUUGGGAAAACUGUGUCUGUUAAGAAGUUCAUUCUUGACUGGGCAGAUGGGAAUGCCAAUCAGGACCUGGACUUCAUCUUUGUGCUACCAUUCAGGAAACUAAAUCUGGUACACAAUCAGCAUAGCCUUGAGACACUUGUGAGAGAGCUCCACCCAGGACUUAAAAAGAUAGCAGUUGCAAAAUUAUUUGCUAAUCACAAAGUUUUGUUCAUUUUUGAUGGUCUCGAUGAAAGCCAGCUUCAACUGAAUUUCAGAAAAACAGAACUAUUGACAGAUGUCACCAAAGAGUCAUCAGUGGACACUCUUGUGACCAACCUCAUCCGGGAAGAUCUUCUUCCCUCGGCUCAUGUCUGGAUAACCUCAAGACCAGGAGCAGUUCAGCGCAUCCCUGGAAGGCAUGUAUACCGGUCGACAGAGGUCAGAGGAUUUAAUGAUCCACAAAAAAUAGAGUACUUCCGAAGGAGAGUUGAGGACAAGUCAAUUGCUGAAAGAAUUAUCAGCAACAUUAUGAUGUCCAGGAGCUUGUACAUUAUGUGUCACAUACCUAUCUUCUGUUGGAUUGCGGCAAAAGUUCUUGAAUUUUUGCUGCCAAAAAUGGACAAUACUCAAGAUAAAGACAUAAAGAUACCCACAACGCUUACCGAAAUGUACACACACUUCCUUUGCAUUCAAUUGCAGAUAGCUACCGAAAAGUAUGAUGAAGAUAACGAGUUAGAUCAGGAGAAGAUCUUCAAGUCGAAUGAUGAAUUCAUUUUUAAAUUAGGUAGGAUGGCCUUUGAAUGUUUGAUUGAAAGCACAAUUGUAUUUACUGACAAGGAUCUAGAAAAAUAUGGCAUUGACAUACGUAAAGCUGGAGUUGACUGUGGGUUGUGCACAGUGGUGUUCCAACAAGAGGAAGGUUUGUACAGAAAGAAACUCUACUGCUUUGUUCAUCUGACGGUCCAGGAGUACUUUGCCGCUCUCUUUGUGUACCACAGUUUUGCAAGUAAAAAGAUAGAUUCCCCAAGCCUCAUAAAUUUCCUGCUCAUAGGGUCCGAAGAACAGCUCAAGAGUAUCUUGGAUGAAGAUCCUGUUGAUAUACCUUUGGAUGAGCUGAUUGAAAUUUCAAUAGCUAAUUCUUGUCUGAGAAAGACAGGAGAACUGGACAUGUUCCUGAGGUUCCUUAUCGGCAUGUCCCUACGAUCAACACAAGAACUGCUUCAAGGCUUGAUUCAGCAGAAAGAGGAACACUCUACAGUUGUUGAGGAAAUAAGAACAAGUCUUGUAGAAAUAGAUUUGCUUGAUUGCAGCCCUGAAAGAUGUCUGAACCUUGUUCAUUGCCUGAUCGAGCUGAAAGACAGUUCCAUACACAAUACUGUGAAGAAGUAUUUGAAACCAGAUCAUGAUGCAGAAACACAGCUUUCCCCUGUUCAGUGCUCCGCUUUGGCCGACUCAAUUCUAAUGUCAAAAGAGCCUCUAGAGGAAUUCAACCUGAAGAAAUACAGACCUUCAGUAAAAGGUGUUUUUAGGCUUGUCCCAGCUGUGAGGAACUGCAAAAAAGCAAGAAUAUCAGGGGUGGAUCUUGAUGUUUGGCUUUGUGAAACGAUCUCCUCAGCUCUACGGAUGCCAAACUCUGUGCUAACAGAACUACACCUGAUCAAUAAUCGCUUAUCUGAAGAAGGUGCAAAGAUCUUGUGUAAUGGACUUGAAAACUCUCAGUGUAACCUUGAAGCUCUGAGUUUCUCAAGUAGACAAACUUUACAAGAAGACCAUGAAAGAAUGGCAUCAGCUAUCAAAUCAAUCAUGAAAAAGGAGACUCUAAGGGAACUUGAGCUGAGUGCCAACGCACUGGGCAAUUCAUUAUACCCUUUGCUUUCUGAUGGACUGUCCAGCCCUAAACUAGAAAAGCUCAGACUGAACAGAACUUCGGGGAUUGCAAAAAUCUGUAAGGAGUUUGUGGUGGCGCUUGAAUCCAAGCCAUGCUCCUUACGAGAGCUGGAACUGAGUUACACCAGUUUAAAAGACUCUGAAAUGGAGAUCCUCUCUACUGGGCUGACGAGCACAAACUGUAACCUGGAGGUGUUGAGUCUCAGUCACAACAGACUCACUGAGAAAGGUUGUAAGAUGUUGGCCUCAGCACUCAGCUCCAAAUCUUCCCAUCUGACAAAACUCGACCUGAGCUACAAUGACCUGGGCGACUCGGGAGUGAUGGCGCUCUGUACUGCACUGACAAAACCACAAUGUGGUUUGAAAACACUAAGGCUGUCGUUCUGUAAGGUGACUGUAGAUGGAUGUGUCGCCAUGGCCUCAGCUCUGAGGUCUGACCACUGCGGCCUCAGGGAGCUGGACCUGAGGUUUAAUCACCUGGCAGAGAAAGGAGUCACCUUGCUGACUGAAAUACAGAGGGAUUCUCGCUGCAGUCUAGAGGAACUCAAUGUGGACCAAAAUGAGGAAUGCUGGUUCGACCUGAAGCUACUGAGACAAUAUGCGUCUGAUCUGACACUGGAUCCUAACACAGCAUGUCUGAAUGCAAUUUUGACAGAAAACAACCAAAGGGCAGAUUGUGUUCUGGAGAAGCAGCCAUACCCUGAUCAUCCAGACAGAUUUGAUUCCUCUCAAGUACUUUGUGAAGAAGGUCUGACCGGUCGCCAUUACUGGGAGGUUGAGUUUACAAAGGCUGAAGUUGGAGUGGCGUACAAAAGUAUAGACCGGGUGGCAGACUGCUCAACUGAAUUCAUUUUGGGUGGAAAUGAAAAGUCUUGGUGCUUGACUAAUGAUGGAUUCUUUAAACAUAAUAAUUCCUGGGAGGGGUUUAUUGUCCAUCAUAGAUUCAAUGGUACCACUGGGGUGUAUCUGGACUGGCCGGCGGGUAUUUUGUCCUUUUUUCAGGUCCUUCCUGAUACACUGACCCACCUGUACACUGUCAAUACAACUUUCACGGAACCACUCCAUCCUGGUUUCCACUUAGAUUCGGAAGGAUCAAUUUACCUCCGUAAGCUAAAGUAAUCGAAAAUCUUGGUGAAAAAACCUGUGCAACAGUGAAACAUGCAACACAGGUGAUACAAUGAUUGACUGUUUAAACUUAAACACUUAACAUUUGAAUAAUUGUUCAAUGUUAAAGUAUUAUUAAAUGAUGUGGGUUUGUCCCGUUUUUGUGUAUACAGUAUAUUGAAAUCAGUCACAGUUUCUUCUGAGAAGUCGUAGCACACCAUUCUUAAUUGACUAAUUGAGUUACUUACCUGAGUAUUUACAUUUUAUGCUAUUUUACACUUACUACUCUACAGUUUGGAAGCCAAGUUUGUCAUUUUCACUCCACUAUAUUUAUUUAACAGAUAGUUACUUUAUAAAAUCUGAUUUUGACACACAACACUUGGGAAAAAAACUUUAAAAAAAGAAACAUUUUGUUAAGAUGAAACCAUCCAACAUUGUAUUUAAGUAACUCAAACCAUGACAGAAAAUGAAUUUGCCGAAAUGUUGCUAAAAAAUGUUUGGUCUCUCUUAAAUGUGAAGAUCUACUGCUUUUGCUUUAAACUAUUUUAAAAUGCUUACAUUUCGUUUUACGAUUUGGCAAUACAUUUACUCCUUAUACUUUAGGUCCAUUUUACUAAUCGUACUAACAUACUUUUACUUAAGUACUAUUCUUGACUUUUACUCUUAAUGGAGUGUUUUUAUAGUGUAGUAUUUGUGUUUAUUUAGUAGCACAGUAUCUGUCUGUCACCUGCCAGCUAACCUGGAACAUUUAUUUCUGUUGCUUUGGCUGAAUGCUUCUAUUAAGAAUUGGCAAGCAGCUCCUCACACCCUGUGUACUGUACAGGCUUGUCUACAUUCUUUUUUACUGAUUUACAGGAAGUAUCACAAACGGCAUGAAAAAAAACGUAAAUACAAAAAAGCAUAGUUCAAUAGCCACACACACACACACACACACACACACACACACACACACACACACACACACACACACACACACACACACACACACACACACACACACACACACACACACACACACACACACACAAAACAAAUUAACCUCCGUAUUGUUUCUUGUGUCUUGCUAAUGUGUGGUGGCCGACCGGUGCAACAGUGCCAGAACCUAACCCUACACAGCAUGUAUAUAUGCCCUGUGAAAUUGUAAUUAAGUCAUAUGGGUGGUGGGUUUAAGACAAUAUCCCAUUAAUGUUUAUUUUUGUAAUUGAAUCGCAGUAUGCUGAAAAGUGCUAUAUAAAUAGCCUUGUCUUGCAGGCACUGUUACAAUGAGGGUUUGUGUACUUCAUUCUUAUCAAACUGUAUGACUCAACUUCCACAGAAACGCUCAGGUCUGCUUUCCUUUGUGCAGUUCUGCACUUCCUUAUCCAUUAUCUUAUCCACUCAGCUAACAGACCGACACAAUUUCAAACAGUACACUGGCCCAUCAAUGCCAUGUAUGUAAUCAAUUUUGAUAUCCUAAAAUCUUCUCUUUAUCAACCAAUGUAAAUAUACUUAACAAUCCGGAUAAAAAUUGUUUAUAUGUUUAUUGAAGUCCUUAAUUCAGUUUUUUUUGUUGUUUUAACAGAUACUUACCUGUACAUCCUUUUUGUUUUACUAUCCUGUGUGAACCACACUGUCCUGGUUUUCAUUCUUAUUCUGUUGCUGCUUAAACCACUGAAUUUCCCCACGGGGAUUAAUAAAGGUACAUCUUAUCUUA